CGAAAUGUCUUGUCGUCGCACGUUUUUGAUUUUUUCCAGUGUUUUUUUCCAAUUUUGUUUUUUUGUAUCUGGUUAUACCGUAAAUAACGAUAAUACGAAUAAUAAUCAAAUUAAUGCUAGAGGUAUUUUGACGUCGUUGGCGUCUAAUUUUAUGAGCAGGGGAUUUAUUUCCACGGGCGGCGGUACUUCUCAAAUCGUUUCUUUAAAUUUAACGAAUUUGUUCGUGUUGGUACUACUGAAAGCGGUAAUUUUUGCUGCCGGUACUCUGGGAGCUGGUCAUUGGAAAGGGGAAUACGCCAGGAGUGCCGUAGACGACGAAAAAUUUCUAACUGACGACGAAAUAUUGAUGUACCUGAGUUAUUUGACAGGUUCUACCGGGUGUUUGCAAAACGUAGCAUGUCAACAGCCUCUCAAAGCCAAAAAGUAUUCGGCUGCCGGGGAUCUAUUGUUGAAAUUUUCGAAAUUGUUUUCGUUGACGACGGACCUUGAGUACGAUAUGGUCCUGCAGGAGCUCGAACAGGCCUCGAAUGUGGGACUAGCCGGAGGAUCUUGUGAUAAAUUCGAAUGCGCGACAGGAACAUGAAAAAAAUAAAUGUAAAUCUGCAGUAUCAAUAAAAUUUUUUACGAAA